UUUAGUGGUGUAUAACCUUCCGUACGGAAUCUUUCGUAUGGAAAAAAGUGUUUUCCGAGAGGAUUAGGAACAACCCAACUCAGGUGCGUCUUCGUACAUACACGACUCGGGUAAACACAACAUCAUGAACAUGUCUAAAAUGAUAGAUUCGUGUCAGGAAAUUGAAAAGUUUUACGGUGAUGCUAAGCAUUUUUGGGACGAAAUGCCGUCAACUGUCGAUGGAAUGUUAGGCGGAUAUGAAAAAAUAUCUCCCGCAGAUUUGAAGGCUUCGAAAGCAUUUCUUAGACCACUCUUAAAGAUAAGAAGGAGAAAAGGAAAGAGCAAAGGAAGGACAGAUCGUAAGAGAGCUUUAGAUUGUGGUGCAGGCAUUGGUAGAAUCACUAAAAGAUUACUCUUGCCCUUGUUCAGAACUGUUGAUAUGGUUGAAAUGGAGCAGAAAUUUCUAGACACAGCCAAAACAUUUGUUGGAGCAGAGGUUGGAAGAGUUGAAAAGUUCAUUUGUUCAAGUCUUCAAGAUUUUACACCAGAACCCAGCCGCUAUGAUUUGAUAUGGAGCCAAUGGGUACUGUGUCAUCUUACAGAGGAACAUCUUGUUGAGUUUUUGAAACAAUGUCAAAAAGGGCUGACCCCUGGUGGGGUUAUGGUAAUAAAAGAAAAUGUAAGCGUGUCAGGAGAGACAGAAUUUGACACAAAUGAUAGUAGUUUUGUACGAUCACAGGAAGACUAUUUGAAUAUAAUAAAUAAAGCUGGUCUUACUAUUGUGAAACAGCAAAGACAAAAAAAUUGGCCAAAGGAUUUAUAUGCAAUGGUUAUGUUUGCUGUGAAAUGAUCUCUUUAUACACAUGUAUACAUUUUGUUUCUUGCUUUUUGCUCACAUGGUGAGCUUUUGUGACCGCUCGAUGGAAUGGAUUUGAUUCAGACUUAAAGUAGUUGUUCUACAUCGUAUGACACAAUAUGCACCACUCUUGCACCAAUAUUUCAUGAAUUAUGCCCCCUUCUUGCUUAGAAUUAUACUUAUUAAAUGUUUUGAUACAUUUUA